UUGUAUUGUAGGUUGACGCAAUGCUAUUUUUUUUCAGGAUAAAACCUUCAAUAGUACUGUAAGAAAUAUUUUUCAUUACUCUCCAUAUUCCAUCUGUUGCAGAAAAUGUAGCAAUUUUGAGUGAAAUCUGCAAAAAUUUAAAUUAUGGUAUACCUCAGAUAAGCAUUCUACCAACAGUCAGAAAUACUACAUCAUCUUCGAGUACUCCUGAAACACUCGAUGGAUUAUCCGAGUCCAAUAAACCCGAAGAAAUAGCUUCAACUGACAACACAAUUUCUGAGAAUGUCGUCGAAUUCGUUGUUGACGAAAAAAAUAAUGAACUGAACUCAGCGGCUUAUAUACAACAUCUAAGAGGAGAUUCCAUUAAUACGAGUCAAUGUGAAAAUAUUGGAGCCAUGGUAACCUUAAUGUCAGAGGAUACUACUGAAACAGUGCAAAAUGUGUCUACUGUUGAAAUACAUUCUUCUGACUCGUUGGUUCAUAGUCUGCCGAGAUCUUCUAAGCCAUGUGAACUGGAUACACAAAAUUUUAAUAAACAACGAAAUUCAGCAACAUUAUCUGAUUCAGCAGCAACUGUUUACCUCAACACAGAGAUAAAUAAUAUGGCUCCCACCAUUACACUGCUUGGAUAUAACUUACAACAAACAGCGGAAUGUUCCUCACAAUCUCCAAAAUCACUUUAUAGAGAUAAUAAUGGUAAUAUUUUGGAAUUAUCCAGUUUAAGCAAAAGCCAUCCACGAAGUAUUUUGCAAGAUGUUGAAACAUGUUCACUCGAUACACCUGAUAUUGAUGCACGGCAUUCUUUGAUAAACAUCUCCGAUCCUGCAAAGACGGCUGGACUCAACACAGAACCAAAUAUGGUUCAAACUGACAUGGAAUCAAAACGUAUUUCAAAAGAAUUAGUAGAGGAUUCCCUUGAACCUAUGCACACAGAUGAUAUUGCCCACAACUCGGAAUCACCAACGUUAAACGAAAGCUCUUCACAACGUAUUUUGCAAGAAUUCGAUGAAUGUUCACUCGAUACACCUGCUUUUGAUGCACAGCAUUCUUUGAUAAACGUCUCCGAUCCUGCAAAGACAGCUGAACUCAACACAGAACCAAAUAUGCUUCAAACUGACAUGGAAUCAAAACGUAUUUCAAAAGAAUUAGUAGAGGAUUCCCUUGAACCUAUUCACACAGAUGAUAUUGCCCACAACUCGGAAUCACCAACGUUAAACGAAAGCUCUUCACAACAUAUUUUGCAAGAAUUCGAUGAAUGUUCACUCGAUACACCUGCUUUUGAUGCACAGCAUUCUUUGAUAAACGUUUCUGAUCCUGCAAAGACGGCUGAACUCAACACAGAACUAAAUAUGGUUCAAACUAACAUGGAAUCAAAUUGCAUGUCAAAAGAACUAGCAGAGGAUUCCUCAGAACCUAUUCACACAGAUGAUAUUCCCGAUAAUUCUGAAUUAUCAACGUUAAACGAAAGUUUUCCACAACGUGUUCUGCGAGAGUCAUAUAUACAAUCACUCAACACACUUGAUUUUGAUGGACAACAUGGUUCGAUAUACUGCUUCGAUCCUGCAGAAACAGCCGAAUUUAGUACAGAAAUCGAUACGGCUCAAGUCGGCACACAAAAUAAAAAUAUUUUAGAGCAAUCGAUGACAUAUUCUUCACAGUCACUUGACAAUGAUAAUAUCGAUAAUGCUACUUUUUCAAAAGAGCAGACUAACGCCGAAAAUGUAAUUUCGUCAUCGGACGGAAAUGAUGAGGAAUGGUUACCCGCAGAAGUUCAGUACACUAUGAACCCAGUGCUCGAUCAGAUACUUUUAAACAAUGAUGACUAUUUACAAAGCGAAAAAAAUCUCGAAAAUGUUGGCGAAGAUGAACAGAUUAUUGAAGAAGAGAGUAUUGAGUGUGAAGGAACUAUGGUUGAUGAAAGAUUACGGAGAUCGAAUCGUCGUCGAAAUGUUAUUUUAUCACCGUUUCCUGAGAGAGGAACAAGUGAAAGUGUUUCGUUGCCUCGACUUUCUCCGACAAUGACCAACGAUGCCACAGAACAAAGUCACGACGAUAGCGUUACCGAUGAGGAUUACAUUCCGACCGAGGCUUCAAGCUCUUCAGAUGAAUUUCUAAAUGCAACGAAUAACAGUAAUACUAGCGCUGGACGCGAAAAAAAUGUUCCGACAAACAAUUGUAUUCACUCACGAGAAAAGGAUUCCGGAGUGUUAAACAUUUCCGGCAGAGCGGCAACAGGAUCGGUGGAUGACACAAAUUUAUCCGUGCAAACAUCAGCUCAAAAAAAAAGUGAGAAAAAAUACUUUUGCAUGUAUUGCCAUAAACUUUAUAGCAAACUCCCACGGCAUCUUGAGACAGUCCACAUCAAAGAGAAUGACGUGAAAAAGUUUUCCAUGCUAAAGAGAGGUUCAAAAGAGCGCAGAGAAGUGAUAGAUGCGCUGAGAAACAAUGGAACUUUUAAUUUCAACACUAAUCCGAAAUUCAAUACUGGUGAACUCAUGGUUUGUCGCCGACCAAACCCAAAGUACAAAAGGACUGCAAAAGAUUACAAAACUUGCGUAAGCUGUUUGAAAUCGCACUCAAUGCGGAAUAUUCGACAUCAUUAUGCCAAAUGUCGCAAGGAUGGCAUCAAAAAUCAGCGGUCGAUUUUAGUCCUUGGCAAGGCCAUAGAAGGUCGUCUACAUAAAGAAGCAAGUGAAAAAUUAAGACUCGAAGUUUUUCCCCCACUUCGAGAAGAUGACGUUGUACGUCUCAUUAGAUACGAUCGUCUCCUCAUCAUUUGGGGAAACAAGUUAUGUGCGAAAUAUACUCCACACUACCAACACGCAAUGAUUCGCUCCAGAUUACGAAGGAUGGGUAACCUGGUCCUCACGGCCAAAGUUGUCAAUCCAGACAUAACGGAUUGCGCAUCUCUAUACGACCCAAAAGUAUACGACGAUGUGGUAAAGGCUGUUCGAAUCGUCGCUCGUUACAACGAAUCCGAAGGUGAAUUCGGAGCACCGAGUUUGGGGAUGAAUUUGGGUACAUACAUAAAACAGAUUGGAGCCAUCCUAGUCAAUGAAUACGUAAAAUCAGAUGAAUCCGAGAAAGAACGAAGAGUCGAACAAUUUCUAAAAAUUUUCAAAGUCGACUUUCACAUUGAUAUAAACAAUGUGGCCCUUGAAAACCAAAGAAAAAACCAGCGGCAGCGAAAAAUUAUACUUCCAUCAGAGGGAGAUAUUCGAACUUUCAUGCAAUACAUUGGCUCGGAAACAAAAAUUACGUAUGAGAAAUUAGAAACAAAAUUCUCAUAUAAAGAAUGGUUCAAACUCUGUGAAUUGUUAGCGGUUGGAAUGGUGGUAUUUAGUCGACGACGUACAGGUGAAAUAAGCAACAUAAGCGUAGAUGAUUAUCGGAAUCCUCUAAAACUCGAUGAUCGAACCGACAAAGAAUUGUAUCAGAAUUUGUCACCGCAAGCCAAAGCUGCCGCUGAUCGGUACACGCUUAUAUCGAUUCGCGGUAAAAAAGGACGUCAAGUACGUGUAUUAUUGUACCCGCAAUUGGUGAAAGGCAUAGAUCUCAUAUUGAAAUAUCGUGAAACCGCUGGAGUUCCGAGCAAUAAUAAAUUUUUAUUCGGGCUUCGAAGUCGUAAUCCGAAAAAAACAAUGACUAUCGAUGCCUGCGAUGCCAUGCGUAAGCACUCCGGCCGCUGCGGGGCUGCGUUCCCUGAUACACUUCGAGGCACGAAACUUCGGAAGAACAUUGCGACCAAGUGUCAUCGAUUGAACCUGAACGAUAACGAAAUUUCAGAUCUGGCAAACUUUAUGGGUCAUUCAGAAAGAAUUCACCGAGACAUUUAUCGGCAGCCGAUCGUGGAACGAGAGAUUAUAGGAAUAUCGCGUCUAUUAGAAGAAGUUCUCAAUGAUGAAUCUGAUGACGAAGAUUCUGGCGAUGAUCAAGCUUUGACCGACAAUAAUCCGACUCAAAGUCAAGCAGCACACGGUAUAGAGCGCAGUACUGACCCCUCUUCAUCAAGACACUCAUCAAUACUAAACGACAUCGAAUCUCCAGAAAUAUCGGACACAAAUGUAGAGAUAAAUGAAAAUGAGUACAUCGAACGAAAUAAUAAGCCGAAGAAUGCUAACCAAAAUAUUCAAAAAGGAACAAAACGUCCUUGGACACAACGAGAAAAAUCUAUCGUGACCAAAGCUUUUUCAAAAUAUUUGAAGGAAAAGCGUUUACCCUCAUUCACAGAAAUAAAAGAAUUACAAAAACAAUAUUCAGAUAUUCUUGGACAUCGAACACCAGCACAAGUGAAAGCAUGGGUUAACAAUCAGAAUAGAGCAACAUCAAAACGUUAAAACAAUAUCGAGAUCGAAGAAAUAACGUCAGCAGUUGAGUUUCGGUGCUAUACUUUCCAUUAUUUUUAUUAUUUUAUAUACAUUGCGAUUACAAAGAUAGGAUUCGAGAUUUUGAAAACGUGAAAUGAUAUUUCUAUUUGAUAUAGCCCGGGACUGGAAGCAUAUAAAGUAAAAAUCGCAGUCCUUAUUUCUGUUUCGAAGAAUAUAUAUGGAUGAAAGUAUUGAAAUGAUAGUUCAAAAGAAGAUAAAGUUAUUUCUUACUAUUUUGUUUAGAAAAGAAUUUUAUGAAUGAUAAGUGAGAACCAAAAAAAAACUUUAUGAUUUUCAUUUGCUGAGUUGAUUAAAAAUUGACUAUGAGCAAAGAAUACUCGUGGUAAAUAGUGAUCUAGACUUACAGAACUGAAGUAGUACAUAAAUCACAGACAGAUUACUGAAGACUGACAUUUGUGAUACUAGUGAAGUCAUAGGAUAAGCAAAAAUAAUUUGUUGUCAUAAACUGAUAGAUCAGAAAUAACUAUUUUUUUUAUAAAAUUUCCUUUAUUUUUAAGUUACGUAUAAACUUCUGUGCCAAGGUAAAAAGUUAGAAGAGAUUAGAUUAAUAUAAAAUAACUGUUUUUCGUUUAUUGUCUGCUGUAUAACAGUUGAAUUGACAAAAAAGACAAAAAAGCCGACGAGCUGAAUGAAUUCUAAAUGACAGAAAGCACAUAUUCAUUAUAACGGGGAAGAAUAUUGACUCCUGAAUAAAACCCUAAUGCGGGUAGAAACAACGUUAAAAAAAACUAUGAAGCUACUCAAAAAAUUACAGAGAAUUCAUUCCUAUAUGAGAGUACAUACAAAGUACAAAAAUGUCAACUAGAUAGCAGCUGCGGAGUCAUAUCAGUAUGAAAGAUGAUAAUGAACGUGCCAGCGGUACGGUGUUUUUUUUAUGUUUAUUUCUAUUUUCACUUUUUAACGUUUUUUAGUUUCAUUACCGCUGUUGAUAUAACUAUACUUAUAUCAAAAUAUAUGACUGAGAACUUGGAUAUAAGAAAAAUCCAAACGAAAGAUUUUUUUAUAAAGAUAUAUUGCAGAACGAAGUGUUUCAUUCCUAUUUUAUAGACUGUACUAUCGUUAUAUCACGGAUACAAUUCUUAAGUUGCGUAUGUACUGGAAAGCGAAUAAAAAUCUCACAAUGUAUGACAUGGGUUCUUUAUCUGCAUGUGAUUCUAGUAAACAUUUUGGAAAUUUUAUGUAUUCUAUACUUUACAU